AAGCAGGUGAAAGUGAACGCAACCGAACUGUGCGACGUUAUUAUGCAAAAGCGUUCGCUGAACAAUCAGCCUCUGGCUGCUUAUCUCAGUAAGCCAACUCUCAGUCACAUCUAAUGGAACGCAACCGAACUGAACAAAGUAUGUUUGCUCGACCAUGGCGUACGUGGCCGUCCCGCGUGUAGCGGCGUGUGGAUAUCUUUGUACUACUGCUGCCUCGCCCUCCCGCUCCAUAUAAACCUCGAGCGAGCAAUGCCGCACAUUUCCUGGCGCGACACACUGCAGUACAAGCGCUCCCGCUUCCAUCCGUCAUCCGAUUGACACGCUGCACCAGCCAAAAAGCCACUGACCUCACAGCCUCGCUCCGCCCGCCAUGGCCGCUGCCACGGUGCGGUCGACGUUGCCCCGCUGCCUCCUCCUCCUCCUGUCCACGGCGCUUGCCUCCGCCGCCACCGCGCCGCGGCUCGUGCUCCUGGCGCCGUCCGGCUCGCACACGCCGUGCCUGGACAACCCGCCCGACCUGACGGCCGCGGCCGACGAGGCGGGCGAGCUCGUCCGCGACCUCGGCAGCCUCCCGGCCUACGUCACCGGAUCCCGCAGCUCCACGCGCGCCAUCGUCCUCGCCUCCGACUACUUCGGCUUCCAAGCGCCAAAACUGAGGAAAAUCGCGGAUCAGGUUGCGGAUGAUGGAUACUUGGUCGUGGUUCCUGAUUUGCUGCACGGGGACCCGUUCAGGGAUGAGGCCAAUAUUUCAUUUCAAGAUUGGCUGAAAACCCACUCUCCGGUGGAGGCAGCUGAAAAGACUAAAGUGCUUAUUGCUGCUCUGAAGAAGCAAGGGGUGUCUGAAGUUGGGGUUGGAGGUUAUUGCUGGGGUGGUAGCUGUGGAGCUAUCAAAGUCUGAAGAAAUUCAAGUGGUUGUCAUUUCGCACCCUUCACUAGUGACUGUCGAUGACAUGAAGGGUGU